AACCCCAGACUCCACCACUCCCGGAGCUGAUCCCUCUAAACGUACUCCAAUAAUUCAAGGGGCAUUAUAUGAACGUCUUGGAGAUACCCUGCUAUUGUUAUGGUUAUAAGUCGUGUUGACUGCCACCCAAGAAAAAAAAGUUGAUGUCCCCCAACCGCCAACCUUUCGCGUACUCAUAGAAAAGUUCUUCAUCAUGGGUCUCGGAGUAUUGGAAGAUAAACAUCUGGCUCACGUCCCUGGGACAGCCCUUCUCACAGAUGUUAUCGGUUCGGAUAACCUUCACCAUCAUGGCAAACUCAACACAUCAACUCUACGCCAUGGAAAAGGCAAGGAUUCGGAUAUUUUGCUGGUACCACAACCGAGUAACAGUCCGAAUGAUCCUUUGAAUUGGCCUUUAUGGAAGAAGGAUCUCAUGUUGUUUUUCAUCUGCAUCGAUACUGCAGUAGUAGGAGCAUGGGGUCCCAUGAUCUCGCCUGGUUACGUCCAAAUGGCCGCUCAGUUUGGCCUAUCUUACAAUACUCUUAACGCCCAGCUCGGAUAUGGUGUCCUAGUCAUUGGUUUAUCAUGCUUCUUCACAAAUUCGAUGGCCGUGGUUUGGGGACGAAGACCUGUUUUCCUUCUUGGAAACUUGCUGCUGUUCAUUAGUAGCAUUGGUGGAUAUUAUGCGAACUCUUUCGGCAGUUUACUUGGAUUCCGACUCUUAGGUUGUAUUGGAAUGUCUCCAUUUGAAGUGUUGGUUACCACUACCAUUGCGGAUAUUUACUUCGUUCACCAACGUGGAGUCCGACUCGCAGCUUGGGGUCUCUGCCUAUCGAUCGGUGUCGGAGGCGGCACAAUUAUCUCUGGUUAUAUCAUCGAAGGAUUGGGUUGGAAUUGGACAUACGGUAUCUGCGCGAUCAUGUUCGGCGUCUGGAUAGUCGUUCUCUUCCUUUUCUGCCCCGAAACCGCAUAUAAAAGAGAUGCUUCUCUAAACAUCGACCUUGGCACAGGACAAGAUAAUGCGGAUAAGCUGGUCGGAGAGGAAAUUACCAAGAACAAAGCAGGGACCGAGUCGCCUGGAGCAGAAAACGUCGAAGUUGAAGUCAUCGAACGUGCUCCGACAAGCGGUACAUGGUCGGAAGAGAAGCACAGUUACUGGCACGAUUUGAAGAUCUACCACGGAAGGGUAUCCGACGAUCCAUUUUGGAAGGUUCUCACUCGACCCUUACUAAUGCUCGUAUUCCCGCAAGUCCUCUUCUCCUUCUUUGCAUAUGGUCUUACAACCUCCUGGCUGGUUGUGGUCGGUAGCGUAUUAGCUCAAUUGUUUACGGCCCCUCCCUACAACUUUACCGUCUCCGGCGUUGGCCUCGUUUCGAUUGCUUCGCUUAUAGGUGCAAUUGUCGGUGCUUUCAUAUCCGGCCCCAUCGCUGAUUGGAUCAUCAAGACUAUGUCUAGGAGGAAUAACGGUAUAUAUGAGCCUGAGUUCCGACUCGUUCUUAUCGUGAUCACAUUCUUGCUAGGAGGCAUGUCAUUCUUCGGGUUUGGUUGGUCGCUUCAACAACAGGAUCCUUGGAUCGCCCCUGUGAUCUUCUAUGGCUUGCAGUAUUUCAGUGUGGGAUUCAUGAGCAUUGCCGUGUAUGGUUACCUCACGGACUGCCAUCGCGACAAGGCUCCGGAAGCUUUUGCCGCGAUCAACCUGAGAAAUAUCUACUCAUUCGGCAUGAACUACUUUAUUUCAGAUUGGAUAAGCAGCCAGGGCCCGAAGGAAGUGUUCUUGAUCAUUGGUGGUAUCCACGUCUUUAUCUGCCUGUGCGCGAUUCCGAUGUACAUCUUCGGAAAGAGAUGCAGGAGUUGGACGAGUCGGGUGAAGCUAUUUGAGAAGGUCAUGCAGGCAUGAGCAUCUGAAAUGAGUACGGAAGUGUGGAAGAGCUAAGUUGUAGACGAUAGAGGGACACGCA